GUAGUUUUUGAUCUUCUCUUCAUUCUCUUUCCCGAUGGCCACGUCCGCCGUCCUCUCCGGUGCCAGAUCGAUGCUUCGAGCUGCUUCGUCACGUAGCGCCGCUGCUUCCACUGGCCGCUUCGCCUCUCAAGCGAAAUCCGCUCCGCCGUUGUUUAGAGCCACUGCCAGAAGAAGCCCACUACUUUCACCUCUCCGAAAUCCUGUGGAACUGAGCUUCUGUGUGGAGUCAUUGUUACCAUACCACACUGCCACAGCUUCAGCGUUAAUGACUUCAAUGCUUUCUAUCUCUGGCCAAAGCUAUGGCUGGCUCUCUGACGCUUGCAAAGAGGACUUUUGAUGAUGUCUACGCGUACACAAUGCGAUUGCGAGAGAAGGUUUAAGAGUAUUUAGGCAAAGAAUAAUUGUUGUACUGCUCAAACACAAAUCAUCUCUUUGUCUUCAGUUUACAUAUCAAAAACAAAUGUCCUACAUCUUU